UCUCUAUCAUAUUCGUAUAUAUGAGCUGUGUUUUCAUCACACGAAGCCCUCUUCUCUCUUGUCUCUUCUCCUCUAAGCCCCGACCUGGAAUUUUCCAAUUCCUUCAUCAUCAUCUUCUCUCUCUAUCUCUUUGUGCCGCACGAAUAAAGGAAGAGAGAGUUUAACGGAAUUACUUUGAGACUUUGAGAGAGGUCUUUUGGUUUCUUAUACAGUUUUCGGGUUUGGCUUCAAUUCUCUCCGACCAUCACUCUCUCUUCUUUAUCCUCUCUUCACUUUCAAAUUCCCAUUGACCUUCUUCUCAUCAUUGUGAGUUUAAUGUCAAUACAAAUCUAUUGACGAAGAAAGGUCAGAGAUUUUGCUUCUCUAUUCGAGGGUUUUUGCGUUCGUUGAGCUCUUUGAAUUCGGUUUUAAUCUAAUCGUAUCGUGUAAUGUGUUGUUGAUUCGAUAUGGUUACUAGGUUUUGAAAAGACUCUGAGCCUUCCAAGUAUCUAAAUUGCUUAAAAUCGGGGGACGAAAGGUUUGGUUGUGUUUGUUUGCUAUUGAAGAUCUCUGUGUCUUCGUUUGAUUAUGCCCUUUUAAGGAAUUUGUGAUCAGCGUUUUAAAGGUUGAGACUUUAGAGAUAUAUAAAGCCUGAAGUUUCGAUUUUUAUUUCGGUAAGCUGCAAGAGGAUUUGUUGCUGUUUUAGAGGAUUAUCUGAUCAAAGGUAAUGAGUCGUAGGGUACGGAGAAAAUUGGAGGAGGAAAAAGGGAAAGAUAAGGUUGUUGUUUUGCCAAGUUAUCCUGAGACUAGCAUUAGCAACGAGGAGGAUUUAGUAGCUCCUGAGCUUCUUCAUGGUUUUGUUGAUUGGAUUAGUCUGCCUUAUGACACAGUGCUUCAGUUGUUUACUUGUUUGAAUUAUCGUGAUCGAGCUAGCUUGGCAUCGACUUGUAAGACAUGGAGAUGUCUUGGUGCUUCUUCUUGUUUGUGGACUUCAUUGGAUCUUCGUCCUCACAAGUUUGAUGCUUCAAUGGCAGCUUCUCUUGCUUCUAGGUGUGUUAAUCUUCAUUACUUAAGGUUUCGUGGUGUUGAAUCAGCUGAUUCCCUUAUACAUCUCAAAGCUAGGAAUCUAAUUGAAGUAAGCGGCGACUAUUGCAAGAAAAUAACUGAUGCCACAUUGUCAAUGAUAGUGGCGCGACAUGAGGCACUUGAGAGUCUCCAACUUGGACCUGACUUUUGUGAGAGGAUCACUAGUGAUGCUAUCAAAGCUGUUGCCUUUUGUUGUCCUAAGCUUAAAAAGCUUCGCCUUUCUGGGAUUAGAGAUGUGACUUCUGAAGCCAUUGAAGCUCUGGCCAAGCAUUGUCCACAGCUCAAUGAUCUCGGGUUCUUAGAUUGUCUAAACAUUGACGAGGAGGCUCUGGGAAAAGUUGUAUCUGUUCGAUACCUCUCUGUUGCUGGGACAUCAAACAUAAAAUGGUCAAUUGCAUCAAAUAAUUGGGAUAAGCUUCCGAAAUUAACCGGUUUGGAUGUCUCGAGGACCGACAUUGGACCCACCGCAGUUUCUAGGUUCUUGACAUCAUCACAGAGCUUGAAAGUAUUGUGUGCUUUAAACUGUCAUGUCCUCGAAGAGGAUGAAAGUUUAAUCAGCUAUAACCGAUUCAAAGGAAAAGUCUUACUUGCUCUGUUUACUAAUGUUUUUGAUGGACUUGCUUCUAUAUUCGCCGAUAAUACAAAGAAACCAAAGGAUAUCUUUGCCUAUUGGAGAGAAUUGAUGAAAACAACCAAGGAUAAAACAAUUAAUGACUUUAUACAUUGGAUCGAAUGGAUUAUCUCUCAUACGCUUCUACGAACUGCAGAGUGUAAUCCAGAAGGAUUGGAUGAUUUCUGGCUGAAUGAAGGAGCCGCAUUGCUGCUUAAUUUAAUGCAAAGCUCACAGGAAGAUGUCCAGGAGAGAUCAGCUACUGGGCUUGCAACUUUUGUAGUUGUUGAUGAUGAGAAUGCUAGUAUAGACUGUGGAAGAGCUGAAGCAGUUAUGAAAGAUGGAGGUAUUCGCCUUCUUCUAGAACUUGCGAAAUCAUGGCGAGAAGGGCUUCAGUCAGAAGCUGCAAAGGCUAUUGCAAAUUUGUCGGUAAAUGCUAAUAUUGCAAAGUCUGUUGCUGAAGAAGGAGGAAUCAAAAUUCUUGCUGGUUUGGCAAAGUCAAUGAACAGACUUGUGGCUGAGGAAGCUGCUGGUGGACUAUGGAAUCUCUCUGUCGGAGAAGAGCAUAAGAAUGCUAUUGCUCAGGCUGGAGGAGUGAAGGCACUGGUCGACCUUAUAUUUAGAUGGCCAAAUGGCUGUGAUGGAGUCUUGGAACGAGCUGCAGGAGCAUUAGCAAACUUAGCAGCAGAUGAUAAAUGCAGCAUGGAAGUCGCAAAAGCGGGAGGCGUACAUGCCCUUGUGAUGUUGGCUCGGAAUUGCAAGUACGAGGGAGUGCAAGAACAGGCUGCUCGUGCUUUAGCUAAUUUGGCUGCUCAUGGAGAUAGCAACAAUAAUAAUGCUGCGGUUGGGCAAGAAGCAGGUGCAUUAGAAGCUCUUGUCCAACUUACAAAAUCGCCUCAUGAAGGAGUUAGACAAGAAGCUGCUGGUGCUCUAUGGAAUUUGUCGUUUGAUGAUAAGAAUCGAGAAUCUAUCUCUGUAGCUGGUGGUGUUGAAGCUUUGGUGGCGCUCGCACAGUCUUGUUCAAAUGCAUCGACAGGUCUUCAAGAAAGAGCUGCUGGUGCACUUUGGGGAUUAUCGGUGUCAGAAGCAAACAGCGUUGCGAUUGGACGUGAAGGUGGGGUUCCACCUCUAAUUGCACUUGCACGGUCUGAAGCCGAGGAUGUACAUGAAACUGCAGCAGGAGCUCUAUGGAAUCUUGCUUUUAAUCCUGGUAAUGCACUCCGCAUUGUUGAGGAAGGAGGAGUUCCAGCUCUUGUUCACUUGUGUUCGUCUUCUGUCUCAAAAAUGGCUCGAUUCAUGGCUGCAUUGGCUUUGGCAUACAUGUUUGAUGGAAGGAUGGAUGAAUAUGCUCUGAUGAUAGGAACUUCUUCAUCAGAGAGCACAUCGAAAAACAUUAGCUUAGAUGGGGCAAGAAACAUGGCUCUUAAACACAUUGAAGCUUUUGUCCUAAGUUUUAUAGAUCCUCACAUAUUUGAAUCUCCUGUUGUUUCAUCUACCCCUACUAUGCUAGCACAAGUCACAGAGAGAGCUCGCAUACAAGAAGCUGGCCAUUUGAGAUGCAGUGGUGCUGAAAUUGGAAGAUUUGUAACAAUGUUGCGCAAUCCUGAUUCAACACUCAAAGCAUGUGCUGCGUUUGCGCUUCUUCAGUUUACAAUACCGGGUGGUCGACAUGCAAUGCAUCACGUAAGCCUUAUGCAGAACGGAGGAGAAUCGAGAUUCCUUCGUUCUGCAGCUGCUUCUGCAAAAACGCCUCGUGAAGCUAAGAUCUUUACGAAAAUUCUCCUACGCAAUCUCGAGCAUCACCAGGCGGAAUCUUCCAUUUAAGCCUCUUAGAGAAAAUGAUAGUUAAAAGUCCCGUUUACUUAGAAAUACGUCUGUAUCUCAAAUACGCAAGAAGCCAAAGCCAUACUGCAAAACCACAAACUCUCAAGAUGCUUUAUCAGACCAAGAAUGUCCUCUCUGUGUGAUUACAUGAGACUAUUGUGUUCUUCUUUAUCGUGUUUUGAGAAUUUUCCUGUAAUAACAGGUCCAAAGGAUUCGAAGGUGCUGUUUCUUCUAUCUCCUAUCUUGUUCAUCGUUCCUUUUUGGCUCUGAUCAUUUCUUGUGCCAAGAUCUAUUGACGAUAUUACCCUCCGCUCUGUUAUUCCCUUAGAUAAAUCAUAUGUGUUGUAAAUUAGGCCCAAUGACAUGCUCAUGAAAAUGGAAAACUAAACAGAGCUUCUGUCACUUG